AUGACUUUCAACAAGUUUUCUUCCAUAAUUAUAGUGUUUUCUCUUCUUUCUUAUUCAACAUUCACUGAUGCUGAUGGUUCUCCACCAUUACCAAAUCCAGGUGAAUGUCCUAUAGACAGUUUAAAGUUAAGGGAUUGUGUUGGUUUUUUAGGGAUAGUUAAUUAUGGAAAUCCUCCUUUUGGUGGGGAAUGUUGUGCACUAAUAGAAGGUUUGGUCGAUUUGGAAGCUGCAUCUUGUAUUUGUAUCGCACUUAAGACGAAUGUUCUUGGAAUGAACUUGAAUAUACCUAUCAACCUCAGCGUGAUCCUCAGAGCUUGUCAAAGAAUUGUUCCUCCAGAAUAUGAAUGUGUCUAA